CCGGAAGUAUAUCAGUUGUAGCUACUCGCAGAGGGUCAUACUGCUGUAGUUAGAGGUAACCCGCUGUUACUAUUAGGGCUAAAUUGUUAUCUGACUUUUGUGUGUAAUGGCACUCCACUUGAAAGACAAAGAAGCUUACCAGAGACUGAACUACCUUUACCAGGCUGCACAUUGUGUUUUAGCUCAAAAUCCGGAAAAUGUGGAGCUGGCUCGUUUCUACUGCUUCUCACAGAAGACGAUUGCAAAGCGUCUCGUUCUCAGACAAGAUCCAUCGGUGAAGAGAACAUUGUGCAAGAGGUGCUGCUCGUUGCUCAUCCCGGGUGUAACCGCUACAACAAGACAAAAACGAAAAAACAGCAAGACUCGCUUUACCGUGAUGAGAUGUCUCAGUUGUGGACAGAGGAAGACCUUACUGAAUAAUCCAGAUUACUGUUUAUGGGCAGACCGAGCCGAGGCUCAGCUGGAGCAGCAAAAGCAAAAAGAUUCAAUCACUUCUGCUAAAAAUCAGCCAAAAGACACGAAGAAUGACGGGUCACAGACAUCAAAACCCAGUUCUGCUCCGGGUGCUACCAGCACGUAGCAGCCGUGGUUCUGCUCUACUUGCUUAACAUAUAAAGGACUGUUCUUAAUAAAAGUUAAUAUAUAGUUUUGUUGUGUCACAUCCACCCACAGACUAGGGAAGGUUUUUUGAAUGUUAUUUUUAUGAAAUUACUUCUUUUAAUUUUAUUGACAGUUUUUUUGGGGGGGGGUUUAGCUUUUCUGAUUACAAGGGUUUUUUGUUUUUUGAAUGCUAACACUAACAUUGCUAAUUUUUGUCAUGUGUAUUUUGUAAAUUGUUUUGUUUUUUUUUUUCAAAUAAAAACUUAUGUCAUGAUUAAAAAAGAAA